AAAUUUUAUCAUUUCGAAAAACGCAAGAAACGCGUCAAUUUACGAAUCGGCAAAUGUAAAAUUUUCUCAAACGUGAGUUCUCUUGAAUAUUGAGCUAAGGCGUUAAUUUCGCGACCCACGUUUUACAAAAAAUAAUCCCAAAAUGAGUAAAAACGAACUUGCUUGUGUCUACGCUUCCUUGAUCUUGGUCGACGACGAUGUUGCAGUCACCGGUGAAAAAAUCCAAACCGUGCUGAAAGCUGCCGGAGUAGAAGUUGAACCAUACUGGCCUGGAUUAUUCGCUAAAUCCUUAGAAGGACUAAAUCCGAAGGAUUUAAUUACGAAUGUCGGUAGUGGAGUAGGUGCCGCUGCUCCAGCUGCUGCUGGUGCUGCCGCUGCUGCCCCAGCUGCUGCUGAAGCUCCGAAAGCUGAAGAAAAGAAGAAAGAAGAGAGCGAUAAUGAAUCUGACGAUGAUAUGGGAUUCGGUUUAUUCGAUUAAAAUAUUUCGUUUGUUUACCGUUCGUGGAGUUGUAUGACUGGUUUUUGAAUAAAUGUUUGUUUUAUAA